UCCACGGCCGACCGGCGGGCGCAUCGCACUUCGCGGGAAACGCACCUCGAAACACGCUCGUUAAACUAUCACCGCGCGAUCCUCUAAUUUUCAACCCCUACGAACAAUGUUCAGAAAGACGUAAACAUCCCUUGUUCGUGCCGAUUCCGCUCUUGUGAAUCGCCUUUCGCCUUUACGUUCUUCGUUUCCAUCUCAUUCGAAAGUGUUGACUUCGAUCUUCGAUGUGUUCGUAAUUUCUACAGAUGCCUCCUGAAACUUUUCUUCGAUUUCAGAAUUCGGGUACUUGAUAUUUCCCGUAACGCGUUGGGCAUAAAUUACUCGAAUUCAAAUACAGUGAGUGUCAGCUAUAAUAUGAUUUGUUGCAUUCGUUUAUGGUGAACAUAAAUCAGGUCAUAUUGAAAAAUUGGUCGGGUGUAUCUCAAUCCUUACUUACCCGUGAAAUAUUCUCAGUCUUUAAGAGUGUAAAUGAGCGAACCACACUCAAAUGAUUUUGUUGGCAAUCUUUCAUCGAACGCAGCGACCAAGUGUGUAAUAAGUAAGAAUCGAGUGUGUAUUAUCGUAAAGUCCCUUUUCCGAUUUCUCUUCCGUAUCUAAUGUGAGUCGGUAAAGUAUAUUUCGUAUAAUUAGCACAAUAUUCUGCUGAAAAUAACGAAGGAGCGGUGUAGGUACUCAAUACCCAAGCAUAUUCAUGCGCUACGAUGAGUUCCCCGAAAAGAAUGAUAUAGCUUUAAUCACAAUUUUUAGAGGUUUGAUGAGAUGUGAUACCAAUCUAAGCUGCGCAAGAGGUAUGCAAUGCUUGACCUUAUAGUAGAAAAUUUUUAAAACCUAAAAUUGACAGUUUUACAGCAUAUAGUUGGUAAAAAGCUGCUCGUGCCAAUGGACGAGGCAGAACAAACGAUGUUAAAGUCGACCGCUCAACCACCGCAUUUGAGCUACGAACGAUAUUGGAAUAUAAUUAUUCUUAGGAGAAGGUGCCAACCACGAUGAUAAAGAAACAAAGACUGCAUAUCUUGUUACUGUACCUGAAAAUUCUCUUUAUCUGCGAGGAGUCCAAGUUAUGCAUCAGAAUUCUAAGAACACCCCCACUUCCUGCAUGAACCGACGCGGUUCGGUCUUGCAUCCGGCAAAACUGUGAAACGAAACUAGGAAAUUGCGGGAAAAUCCAAAACUGGAUUUAAAACUAGUGAUCCGGAACUCUCUGGCAUCGAAGACAGUCAAAUUGCUCGGGCAGUGUCUGAGGAGAACGCGCGAGACGUUUUUCGGUUUGAUCUCGUCAGUGCGGAUUGUUUGGUGAUUCGGGGGCUCUCAUGACUCUUCGGGUUCUCGCGAUAGGGUUGGUUUAACUCCGGAGCUGAGAUUCCGCGGGACGCUUUUACUGAGAGUCGGGCAAGGGUGGAAGUGGUAGGAUGUGGCAAGAUGAUCCAGGCUGACAGGAUAAACUGGCGUCGUCGACAGAAGGGCCUGAACCGAGUGCCGCCUCUGCCCUAAUCUCUUCUUCCCGGACUAUGGGAAUUUGCUUGGAUACAGAACGAAACAGUAAAAAUGGAUCUCAGGAGUUUGAAAUGCACGGCAGAGAUGCAUGGCUUACAGAUGAGAAUGACUUUGAAAAAGUGGACUCUCCAAGUAACGUAAAUUUUCCCCAAACUGAUGGGCACGUCAAGUUUGAAGUACCAGGUGUUCCUGUUAUAUUUGUCCUCGGUGGACCAGGGAGCGGUAAGGUGACCCAUUGUGAUAGUCUCACGCAGGAAAAAAGAGGGGUUGUCCACAUCAAUAUGACCGAUCUACUUCAACAAUACAGUGUUGGAGACUCUGCUGGAACAAGUGAUUUCAGUCGUUUGAUGAGUCGAACUGUAACCGAGGUUUUAAUGUUGGAGAUGAAAAUGGCGCCGGCAGCCAAGACUUACCUUGUCUCGGGAUAUCCGAGGAAUAUGCGUGAUUUAGUAGAAUAUUCUAAUAAGAUACAAACAAUUAGUGGAGUUAUCCUUGUCUCUUGGCGACAGCGAGUUCUAGAGAGGCAGAUUGAAUACGGAGCCAAAUUGGGUCACGUUGUUCUCGGCCUGGCGCGGAUGGAGCUGGCCAAUUUUUAUAAGAACGUGAUCCCUGUCAUAGAUUACUUUGAUCAGAAGAAAAUGCUCACAAUGAUCAACGGGGAGAGGAAUCCGACAGAGGUUUACGCAGAUUUCCGAUCGGCCGUUUUGAAGAUAAUCGGAAAGCAGUCGACGACACAGACUGGAAGCAUGAAGACCGCCGGUGAAGGAGCCUCUAAUCAGCCGCUCAAGACCAGCAUCUCCGUUUACAACUCUCCGACGAAAGAGACUAAACAGAAAACUAGUAACAGGAUACCGCCUGUCAUUUGGAUCGUCGGCGGACCUGGAAGCAAUAAAUCUACCCUGUGCCAAAAAGCAAUUCGAAAAGCUCAUGGAUGGAUUCAUAUUAGUGUAGGACAGUUGUUGCGUUCAUUGUUAGAAACAACGAAUGCCUCUCAAGUGCCUGAUAACCAGCUGAAAAAUAUCAUAGCGCGCGGAGAUUUAGCGCCAACGGAGCAAGUGAUGCAUCUAGUAGAAAGAGAAAUUAAAAAUAACUCAUUUGCGAAAGGUAUCGUAUUAGAUGGAUUCCCUCGAGAUCUAAAGCAGUUAGAACAGUUCCAAAUCAAGUUCAAGCAAAAGCCGACUUUGAUAUUGUUGGAUUGCUCAAAACUUCAGCUGGCGCGAGGACGCUUAGACGACACUGUGGCAGCUUUUCGGAAACGACUCGAGCUUUUUCGAGAACACACUCUACCAUUGCUCAAACAUUUGGAUGAUGACCAUAGAAUGAAUAUUGUCGAUGGCGAUACAGACUUAUCUGAGGUCCAGGACAUUUUCUCAGAGAUCCUCCUGAAGAGGAUAAACGAAAUCCAGUCUCAAGGCGAGAGAGGGGGAGCCGCCUCACCGGUGGCGAGAGGCGGGAGGACCCAAACGGUGGUCGACGUCCACGGCGAUGCCUUCGGGGAACCCAUCUCACCCCCGCGGUCCCCCCCGAAAUUUCAAAUGAACGGCUACGGCCCCCCUAGGGAGGCGAGGACUGGCCGAGAUGGGCCGGGGCUCGCCAAGCAAACCAGUCUCUUCCCGGAUUCCAGAUAGCGAUACUGAAAAGGCGAUUAGCGUCUUUCCGAUUUGACACGCGAUCUCGGAGUCAUAGAACCAGAAGCUCAAAAUCCGUCCGACUCCUAAUGAAUUGACUACAUUUUGCAGUUGGGAACCACAAUUUCCGGCCAUAGAGUACAUAGAGUCGUAAUGUAAGUGGGAGAGCUGGC